AAUUUUCUAUUAGUUGUUGUUGUGUUUUUUAAUUUGCGUGUAUGUACUCGGAUAUGACUACUAAUCGAAUAUAACUAUAGUAUGUAUUAUGUAUAAUUGUGAUAAUUCGAUGAACAUGAAUGUAUACCAAGUUAUUUACUCUUGGUUUGUUAAUCGUAGAAAUACACAUAAUCACGUACAUCUAUGUUUUGGUGCAGUUAUCAAUCAACCAAUGUAAUUAAUUCCGCUGCACCAUAUAUAUAACUCUAAGUAUUACUUGUGGAAAUAUAAAUUUAACCAAAGAAUUAAGAAAGAUAAACUUAGGUAAGAAUAAAAUAACUUGGACUACAGGUACGUGCCCAAAUUAAAAUCAAACCAAACGUAGACCAUAAUCUCUUUACUCAUAAUAAUACACCAAAAAUUUCCUGACAACUCUCUCCUAAUUCUUUCUUUUUAACAUAUAUUACUUUUAAUUUAUAUAUAUAUGAACCCAAUGAACACUAACUUACCUAUCUCAUUCAUUUUCAUCACUAAGUUGGUACACAUUCCGCACACAUGGAAAACGUGCUAAUAUUCAUCAGCUUAGCAGCUGCCACAUCAACUUAUCUCCUAUGGUUCUGGCUCUUGGCCCGAAAGCUAACCGGGCCAAAAGCCUGGCCGCUCGUGGGCAGCCUCCCGUACCUCUACAUGAACCGCCGGAGAAUCCACGACUGGAUUUCCGGCAACCUCCAAUCCUCCGCCGCCGCCACGUACCAGACCACCACAAUCGCCGUCCCGUAUUUCGCUCGCAAACAGGGCUUCUACACGGUGACGUGUCACCCCAAGAACAUCGAGCACAUUCUCCGAACCCGGUUCGACAACUACCCGAAGGGGCCGACGUGGCAGACUGCCUUCCACGACCUCCUCGGCCAGGGCAUAUUCAACAGCGACGGCGAGACGUGGCUGAUACAGAGGAAGACCGCCGCUCUAGAGUUCACGACCAGAACCCUCCGCCAGGCCAUGGCCCGGUGGGUGAACCGGACUAUCCGGACCCGUUUGUGGGUAAUCCUCAACAAGGCCGCGAAAGAACGCGCCCCGGUUGAUUUGCAGGAUUUGCUGCUCCGGUUGACGUUUGAUAAUAUAUGCGGGCUGACUUUUGGUAAAGACCCGGAAACCCUGUCGCCGGAGAUGCCGGAGAAUCCGUUUUCCGUCGCGUUCGAUUCCGCGACGGUGGCGACUCUGCAGAGGCUUCUCUACCCUGGGUUUCUGUGGCGGCUGAAAAAGAUUUUCGACGUGGGAGGUGAAAACCGGCUGAGGAGGAGUCUGCAUGUGGUGGAGAAAUAUAUGACGGAAGCUUUGGACGCAAGAAAAGAAUCUCCGUCCGAUGAUUUGUUAUCGAGAUUCAUGAAGAAGAGAGAUGCCGACGGUAAUUUUUUCCCCAGCUCAGUUCUGAAGCGGAUAGCACUCAACUUUGUGCUCGCCGGAAGGGACACCUCCUCCGUCGCGCUCAGCUGGUUUUUCUACCUCGUCAUGAACACGCCUCGCGUGGAAGAGAAGAUCGUCGCCGAAAUCACGGCGGUUUUGGGGGAGAGCCGCGGCGGAGAUUCUAUAAAAUGGGUUGAGGAGCCGCUGACGUUUGACGAAGCGGAUAAGAUGGUGUACCUGAAGGCGGCGCUGGCGGAGACGCUGCGGCUGUACCCGUCGGUGCCUUUGGACUUCAAGUACGUUGUGGCCGACGAUGUUCUGCCGGAUGGUACUUUCUUGCCGGCGGGUUCGACGGUGACGUACUCGAUAUACUCGGUGGGGAGGAUGAGGAGUGUGUGGGGUGAGGACUGUAUGGAGUUUAAGCCGGAGAGGUGGCUCUCCGGCGGCGGGGAAAGGUUCGAGCUGCCAAAGGAUGGUUACAGGUUUGUGGCGUUCAACGGAGGGCCGAGGACUUGCUUGGGGAAGGACUUGGCUUACCUGCAGAUGAAGUCUGUGGCGGCGGCGGUGCUCCUUCGUUACAGGGUGGUGCUGGUUCCCGGCCACCCCGUCGAGCAGAAGAUGUCCUUGACUCUGUUCAUGAAGAAUGGGCUCAAAGUGUACCUGAAGCCACGAGAGCUGGUGGCGCCGCCACCACCCAAAGCUGCUAUGUCUGCAUAGUGUGCAGUCAUCGUUAAUUACUUUUGCUAAAGUUCAGUGUGUGUGUGUGUGCAUGCAUGUUUAUUUGAUGUUUGUUGAG